GUGUCGUAAACCCGUAACUCUGUCGUGUUGUUAUUUUCGGUGGUGGUGUGUCAACUAACGGAGCCUUAAACUUGUUAAAUGUCAGACUCUGACUUUAUAUCGGUCAACGGAUUGUGUCAAUGUGUUUAACGGAAGCUGGCGACGUGAUCAGAGAAAACUGUUUCGAGCCUUCUGGUUCUCAGCUGUAUGUGGAAGUCUGAUGAUGGGUUUCUUGCAGCCUGUGACUAACCUCAGAGACUAUAUAUCCCAGAAUCCUCCACUGGUGACCUUUUUCCUUUGUCUGUUGACUCUGGCUAUCUCGUUCAUCUGCCUCAGCUCUUACAGCUAUACCCACACUCUACCUAACCCAGACACAGCAAAGGAUUGGAACCUCCUACUGUCCUCUUUAUCACAGUUCCAGCUCUGUGUUAAAGAAAAUGCAACUUCAUCUGAGCUAGUUUCCUCUGUUCCCUUGACUCUGAUUGAGCAGGGAAAUGACAGAAAAACCUCAGUUAACUCACCAACGAGUCCCUCGUCUAUAACACAUUUUCAUCUCCAAGUUCCUCUGGCUGUGAUCGGCAGCUCACCAAGUGGUUCUCUAAAAAAUCUUAGUCUGCACACUGCCCUGAGUGCCAGUCAGCUACGUCUUGAAGGCCAAGAAAUGGUCAAUAUGACACUUCUGCCUGGAAACAGCACCCACACCUGCCUCACCAUAAGUGCCCCAAAACACCUCCUGCCAGAGAGUCUGCUUCCUCCAGUGUGCAAUGCUUCAGGGAACGAUAUUUCAUCCAUCCACGUGGAAGCGACCAACCAGCUGCCUACAGCAUCACAAACCUGCUACAGUCUGCACUGGAAGAAUGACCCCUCUCUUACAGUCAUGUUAACACUGGAGGAGCAGCGUGUGGCCGUGCGCCAUUUAUUGGAAGUCAGUGUGUGUCUGCUUGCAGUUUGUUUUAUUCUCUUUUUAGCUGCUAGUCUUACACAAUCACUCACACGCCGCUACCACUGGAAUGGGCUGGACCUACAAAACGAGCCCCUGAUUGAUAGCUGAACAUGUUUCUCCCUCUGCAUCCUGAAGAAAUCCCUUGGUUAAAAUGUGCAAUAUGUAUUAUAAAGUAUGUACUGAAACUAAAACUGAAAAUGCAUCCCACCAAUUUUACAACAGAAAGCAGUUUACAUGUCCUGGAGAGGAUUACUGACUCACUGACUAUAAAGGAUAUGUUUUGUUUCUCUGAAAGAGUCUGGUAAAUUACUCCUGGGAGCCUCGUGAUGGUUAUCUCAGUUUUGGUUGAGACAUAAAAUAUUUCAGUUUACACUAGUCAGUAGCAAUAUAUUUCAGUCUUUGUUUGCAUUAAUUUUGUCCAUUUCACUCUGUUUCUCACAAGUUCCCCAACAUCAUGAAUGUGCAAUACAUAAUAUCCAUGUGAGACAUGGCAGUUAUAGAGAAGGAGUAUUAUUGGUAUUGGGCCCAUGGAGGAACGGAAACAGCUCUUCUGAUAAUUCUGUUUGAUAUUGUUGUUUAAUAUAUUCCAAGAAUUGCCCCGACUACUUGAGGUUGCACAAUUUAUAAACUGCUCCCAAGAAGUGGUUGGAGUGAAUGUGGUUGUAUAAUGUACUGUGUUGCUAUCUGCAUAUGUAUUCUCCAUCUGUAUCUUUUAUGGGACCAAAGGUCUUUGGGUAUAUUGAGCCAACAUGAUAGUCUAUUAACACACAGAAUCAUAUACAUAGCAGCUUAAAGAGACAUGGAAGAAGUCCCAAAAUAUUUGAAAAGGGACAAUGUGUCUGUUAAAACUGCUGCUUAAAACUGCUGCGAUACAUUACCUUUUGUAAUGCCUGUUUUUAAAUAAAAACUUAACACUAUAUGAAGCACAACUACUCAGGUGUGUGCAUUUUGAAUGGAUAUAAUGCAGGAUUUUUGAUUCAUCUAGGAAAUAAAUCACUGAUUGUAUUCUGUU